UAGCCAGCCCGCGCCAGCAGGAGUGAGGACGCCGAGAGCCGUCGAGAAGCACGUUUCUCGCUCGCCGCAGCUGCCACGCACCAUGGCGAGCCCCGUCCAGCAGCCUCUUCAGUCGGGCGGCAGUAAGCGCAAAGGCAAGGCUCAGUACAUGCAGGCCAAGCGGGCGCGGCGCUGCGACGGCGGCGGGCCCCGGCAGUUGGAGCCCGGGCUGCAGGGCAUUCUCAUCACCUGCAACAUGAACGAGCGCAAAUGCGUGGGGGAAGCCUACAACCUGCUCAACGAAUACGGCGACGACUUGUUUGGGCCGGAAAAAUUUUCAGACAAGGACCAGCAGCCCUCUGGAAGCAAGGGAGAAGACGAUGACGCAGAGGCUGCCUUGAAGAAAGAAGUGGGUGACAUUAAGGCAUCCACGGAGAUGAGGCUGAGAAGAUUUCAGUCGGUGGAGAGUGGAGUGAAUAAUGUGGUCUUCAUCAGGACACUCGGGAUAGAACCUGAGAAAUUGGUGCACCAUAUUCUCCAGGAUAUGCACAAAACCAAGAAGAAGAAAACUCGGGUUAUUCUGCGAAUGUUACCCAUCUUAGGCACGUGCAAAGCUUUCAUAGAAGAUAUGAAAAAAUAUGCAGAGACUUUUCUGGAACCUUGGUUUAAAACUCCAAAUAAAGGGACGUUUCAGAUUGUGUACAAAUCUCGAAAUAACAGUAAUAUUCAUAGAGAUGAGGUUAUCAAGGUAUUUGCAGGAAUAGUAGGAAGUCUCAAUUCGGAAAACAAAGUGGAUCUCACCAAUCCACAGUACACAGUCGUGGUGGAAGUCAUUAAAGCCGUCUGCUGCCUGAGUGUUGUGAAAGAUUACAUGUUGUUCAGAAAAUACAACCUCCAGGAGGUGGUGAAGACUGCUAAGGAGCCGCCGCAGCCUCCCCCAGAGCAGGCAGCGCAGGCAGCAGAUGGGAAAGAAGCUAAAGUGGGGUCUGCCAAUGGGUCACAUCAAGAUGACCCAACCGAUGGCAAAAGUACCCAGCAGGUGGAACCAGAGAAUAGUGCGGAGCUGGGCCAGACACAGCCAGCACCUGCCACACCGGAGGCCAACGAGGGAGGAGCUGACCCUGAACCUGCAGGUCAAGUCACAGAAGGCUCUGAGUCCAAUGCAAAUGACCUCUCAUAGGAACAAAAGUCAUUUGGUGUUGGAGGUGAGUUUCUCCACUGGGAUUCUGUGUGAUGUUGCUGGGAUUCCAAAUAAAAUUAUGACUGAAAAUACUGGUUUUGAACUUCUCUCACUGCAUAAAAACUGUGCUCACAGUGGCUGGGCAGCCCUGUGACCAGUUUUGUUGGAGACCUUUCCAGCCUGGCCUGGCGGUGUGCAGUUGGCACACACUGCGCUGCGUCUGGUUGAGCCAGGAGGAGCUGUGUGUGGCUAAUUGGUGAACACUUACCCAGGGGGGUGUGGGGUGUGACGUUGGCCUCUCCCUUGUGACAGCCUUCCCCAGCCUUUCCUGCACUGCCAACUGCCGGAUGGGGGCGAGCGAGCUCUGCGAAAUGUAAACUUAGAGGGGAAUUUUCAUUCUAAGGAAGGGAUUUUUAUGUGUCGUAACUCAGUUGUCCCCUGCCACUUUGUUGUCAACAUUGCAAAAACGUGGGCCAUAAUAGGUUAGAGGUAAAUUGUUUUGUGAAGUUUUUGUACUUUCUGUGAUUUCUUGUUUAGCUCUUAGGCCUAUGAUUAUAUUUUAUUAACAUUCGUUUGUUACAAAUCUGACGGUCCAGUGCUGUGAUUUUUGGAGGCAAGGUGUGAGAUAGAAGAGGACCACGCGAGGCGUAGAACCACAGACAUUUCUGACAAGGUUGGUGAUGGAGAAUUACAGCCUUCGAGUUACUCAGUGUAUAAAUGCAACAAGGGACACAAAAAUUCUUUACAGUGCAAGCUAUUUUGCAGUGGAUUUAUAUUCACUCAUAACCAAGGUUGUCCUAGUCCACUUUACAUCAUCUGGAAUGCAAUUUACAAACUUGGCAUUUGCUGCAGCUGUGGUAACUAUAAAUCACAGCCAUUUGAUAAGUAAAAAUGUCGAUUGUUUUAAAUGGUUUUUGGACUAUCAAAACAGUAAAGCUUUUGAUCAAAAGAUCGCAUUCAGAGAAAAGGUUUAGGAAGCAAAUUAUCAGUAGCAGAGCUUACUCCAGAAAAGAAUACUUCACAAAGUUGGUAAGACUAAUAAUACCAACAUUAAAAUGCUAGCGCAGGCAGUACAAGAAAUGGAAAAGAGUUUGCUUCAGUUUAAUAAAUUGACAUGUCAUAUGAUGCUAAAGAAGUUUUGUGUAAUUAAUUGAAAAGCAGCUGCUUCUCUCGGGUGGCAAGUUGACAGAUGUCACGAAUGUUUGACAUAGUGUGGCAUUUGCAAGAUUUGUACAUGAUGAUGGAAUGAACUCAAGAAAAGCUUUCUGCUGCUAGAAACCUCCCCGAACAAAGGCCAAUAUAAAUUUCAUGGGUCUUCAUAUCUGAAAAUCAAAGGCUGGUCAUCUGUACUCCUGGUGCCUCAUCAAUGGUUGGCUUCCUGACAAAAUCUGCCUCGUUUUAAUAAAAGAAAAUCCUGAUGUUGAUGUUGUAGCACACUGCUUUCUUCACAGAGAGGCGCUGAUGUAAAAAAAAAA